AUGAAAUCGCCGGCGAUGACAGGGCAAACAGGGUCAUCGACGGUGCACCGUCGACAACCGUUGUUACGAACAGAAACUACGACGCCGACAACGACGAUGAAUCACUGCGAAACUUUUCGUAAACGGAAAGGCGAAGUGGCCGGAAGAACGGCGGCGGAAUGCGCGACGGUGUGCUGUUGUCUUCCGUGUGCGAUGAUGCAUUUUCUCAUACUGGCGGUGUAUAAAGUUCCGACGGGAUUGUGCCGGAAAAUGUUGAGGAAAAAUAAACAGAAAAGGCUUUUGAAUAAUAGCAAUAAUAAGAAGAAUGAAUCCAAAUGCUGCCAAGUUACCGCUGCCGGCGACGGGAAAGAGUCGGAAAAUGUCAAUACCGUCGGCGGCAACGGCGGCGGAAAGCCAGCGUCGGCGGAAUCGGAAACGGAGAUGUGGGGUCGGUUUUAUGAAGGNAUGUUGAGGAAAAAUAAACAGAAAAGGCUUUUGAAUAAUAGCAAUAAUAAGAAGAAUGAAUCCAAAUGCUGCCAAGUUACCGCUGCCGGCGACGGGAAAGAGUCGGAAAAUGUCAAUGCCGUCGGCGGCAACGGCGGCGGAAAGCCAGCGUCGGCGGAAUCGGAAACGGAGAUGUGGGGUCGGUUUUAUGAAGGUGGAUUUUGGAGAAACUCAUCACAGAAAAAAGAAGAAUAA